AAAAUAAAAUAAAAUAAAAUAAAAUAAAGAGAGGAGUCUGUAACGAGCGAUAGCAGACGGGAGGAGAGGUUGGCGAAUGAAGUAAUAGAGAUAAGCAUAUAACCCUCUCUCUCUCUUUGCUUCCACAAGAGAGGACUUUUGAAUUCUUCUCUGCAGAGGAUCUAGAGAUGGCGUCGGCGGCGGCUAAGACGGAAACCAAACAGAGCCAGGCGUCGAUUCCGCCGUACAUGAAGGCGAUCUCGGGUUCACUAGGCGGAGUGGUCGAGGCUUGCUGUCUCCAGCCCAUCGACGUCAUCAAGACGCGUCUCCAGCUAGAUCGCAGCGGCGCAUACAAAGGAAUCGCUCACUGCGGCUCCACGGUGGUUCGCACGGAAGGCGUCCGAGCUCUCUGGAAAGGGUUGACGCCGUUCGCGACUCACCUGACGCUGAAAUACACGCUUCGGAUGGGAUCCAACGCAAUGUUCCAGACGGUGUUCAAGGAUAAGGAGACGGGGAAGGUGAGCAACCAUGGCCGUUUGCUUUCCGGAUUUGGCGCCGGUGUUCUCGAAGCCUUAGCCAUUGUUACACCCUUUGAGGUAGUGAAGAUUAGACUUCAGCAACAGAAAGGAUUAAGUCCCGAGCUUUUCAAGUACAAAGGUCCCAUCCACUGUGCUCGUACCAUCGUCCGGGAAGAAUCCAUUUUGGGCCUAUGGUCUGGUGCUGCCCCCACCGUUAUGCGUAACGGCACCAACCAAGCUGUCAUGUUCACUGCCAAAAACUCCUUUGACGUCCUUCUCUGGAACAAACACGAAGGCGACGGUAAAGCCUUGCACCCCUGGCAAUCCAUGAUCUCUGGCUUCUUAGCUGGAACCGCUGGUCCCUUCUGCACCGGACCCUUUGAUGUUGUCAAGACCAGGUUGAUGGCUCAGACAAAAGAUGGUGAAGGUGGGCUGAAAUAUAAAGGGAUGGUGCAUGCAAUCAGGACGAUUUAUGCAGAGGAAGGAUUGGUGGCGCUAUGGAGAGGAUUGUUGCCGAGGCUGAUGAGGAUUCCUCCGGGACAAGCCAUUAUGUGGGCUGUUGCUGAUCAGGUCACUGGUCUCUAUGAGAAAAGAUAUCUCCUUAACGCACCUUUAUAGAGAGAGAGUGAGAGUGAGAGUGAGAGUGAGACAUUUGUUUUUUUCUUUUCAAGUCAGGGUUUCUUGUUGGUUUAUUUCUGUGAGGAAUGGGAAAUCCAAAUUCUAUUCUCCCUAAGGCACUUUUGAUAAUAACGAAACACACAUUUUUUCUUACCUCCGAUCAUAAAAGUUGAAAUCUCCACAUCAUAAAAACGAGAGGGUAUAUAUGACAAUGGCCCCUAUUAAUCUAUGCUGGUUAUCUUUGAUCUAUGAAAAACUUUGGUUGUGUUUUUCAUCUCUAAAAGUUACUUGUUU